UUGGAAUGAAAGCAAUAUUCAUUUUUCAAACAUUCGGUAAAAAUUAAAAUAUCUUUAUCAUUUAUUUUGCAUUGUGUUUGCUGUCUCAAUGAACAGAGACGUUUUACAUAGUUUUAACCUAUAAAUUAUACAACUUUUAGGCAUUUUUUCAUGCUAAGAACCUUAUCGGGUUCGUUUUAAUCCGUGAUAGACAAGAGAGUACAUAGCACAUUUCAUGAUCAGUUUGCAAAUUACAUAUAAGUACAAAUAGCUCAGUUAAUAUGAAUGCUAGUCAGGAUUGUAUUAACGAGGUUUGAAGUUUGUAAAAUUCUCGAUAGAACGAUCAGGUUGAGUAAUCCCGGGUUAAAUAAGUAAUUAAAAUUAUAUCUUUACAACAAAUUUGAUUGCAGGUCGGUCCCUGAAUUGUCUACCGCUUCAAAUCUUUAAUCACCAAUUCAAGUCUUUGUUAAUCUUUGACUUUGAAGCGGUGAUUUAAGAUUUGAACUGAUGCGGUGGUAGGUAUUUUAGCAACCACGCUCAAAUUCAUUAAAUUCAGUCCCUGAUGUAGUAAUCCUUUGAUAGUAAACACAACCACAAAGGUCUCCACAAAUUCUGCUUGAUCAAAAACUUAAUAGUGCGUACGAUCGAGAGCUCAUCGAAGAAGGAAUAGGUAAGGAGAAAACUGUAGAAGUGUACAAGGAGUUAUCAGGGCCUUAUCGUAAAUGUAAGAUCCCUGAAGACCAACCAAAUGGCCGGUUUGAUUGCUACAUGAAUUCAGAUAUAGAAAAAUGUUUUCUGGUGUGCAAACCUGGAUAUGUGCCUAGACUUUAUAGAGGAACAUACUGUGAACAGCAUGGACAAGUAUUCAGCUGGAAUAGAAGUAUUGCCGAGCUGGAGUGCAUUCUUGCAACCAAUCUUGUAACCAUUGGAGGAUAUUAUCAGGAAUAUAUGUUUUACACUUUUGGACUGAACUCAAACAUUCAUAGCAUUUGCAGGACUGAAAAAUUCUACAGAACCACUGCUCAGUUUUUUAGAGGAAAGAUCAUAGCUAGUGGAGGCAACAAACAGGACACAACAAAACAAUUGUUUGAGUAUGAGAGUGUUUCUUCAGGUUUACAACCACUUACUAAAGCUCUGAAAUAUGGAGGGGAUUAUGUUUCAUCAGCUGUUGUUCAUGAUCGAUACUAUGUUACAGGAUCAUGGAAUCAGGUGGAAUAUCUUCAAGAAAACGGGGAGGCAACAGUUUCUUCUGGUGAACUGGUCAAUUCUGAAAACCUCUUUCAUUGUUCUGUCAGGUAUCUGGACAAAUAUUACAUGGUGAUUAGUUCUGAAUCAACUAAAGUUUAUGAUAUCGUUUCAGGUUCUACAACAAAUCUACCUUCUCUCCCUAUACCAAGAUAUGUUUUUGGAUGUGGAACCUUCCUGAACAAAUCCUCAGGCGAAGAACUAAUUCUGGUGUCGGGGGGAUUCAACGAAACAUCUAAUUUGAAAUCUCCCACCACCGAUUGCCAAGUAUUCACUCCUUCAUUGGGAACAUGGUCAACUAUUUCUCCCAUGAACAUUGCAAGAUCAUCCCACAAACUUGUUACUACAAUUGACGGAGUCUUUGCUGUUGGAGGGGAGAAAAACGAAACAUUGGAACUAAUGAAUAUAACUACACUAACCUGGAAGACAGUAUCCCCAUAUUUUGUGGCUAGAUUCGGAGUUGGUGCUGUUGCAAUUCCCGCUCACAUAGUUUAAGCACUUCAAAAGUUCAAAGUAAAGAUUUUCUUUUGUUAUUUAAAA